AUUUUAAUUUUUCAUCAUUGUCAAAAAUUGAGAAUUAGAGAAAAUUAUAGGAUAAAUUGGAGGCUGUAUUAGAGAAAAGAGAGUAACAUAUUCUUUGUUGUAUAGUGAACGAUCUUUGCCUGAGCCCGUAUGUUGAUUGAUAUUUAGUGAUGAAGUUUGUUGGAAAAUGACAAAUGUUAGUAAAACGUUAAUCUGGUUAAAACUGUAAACCUGUAAUACGUUCAAAUGGUUCAAAUACGAAACGCCGCUGCUGCUUACAGAAGCCUAAAUGGACUAAUCUGUGUCUACAAACCUUCUUGUGUGUCAGUACGGCAUGUGCAACAUAUAAUCGUAACAAAUUUGUGCCGAGAUUUAAAUGCUUUACCUGACAGGCCUCUGGAGAAAAGAGUGGAGAUAGUGGGGCCAACAAAUGCUCCCAUGCAAGUUAAGUUAUUGCCAAACUAUGCUGAUGAUCCUAGAGUCUGCGGGCCCAGGUACAUAGACAAAGACUUCCGGUGCAGUUGGGCUUCACAUUUGGGAUUGUUCAGUAGUGGUGUUUUAUUAUUAGGCAUCAAUGAUGGAACCAAUCUAACAUACUUGUUAAACACAGCGAGGCCCACUAGAGCAUUUAAAGUACAUGGACAGUUGGGUAAAGCAACGGAUACAUACUUCUGGAAUGGCAGGACAAUGGAGCGAGCAACUUUUGGGCAUGUCACACGGGCAAAGGUUGACAGAGUAGUCGCUCAUAUGCAAGCUGCUCACCAGAAAACCAUGUAUGAGUUAUCAGGGCUACACAUGGACUCACAAACAACAUAUGAUCUAGCAUCUGAAGGCUUGUUGCGGCCGGCCAACAGUAAACUGCCAGUCAUUUAUGGAAUCAAAUGUGUACAUUUUGAACCUCCAAACUUCACUUUAGAAAUACAAUCAGUAAAUGAAUAUGAGAAAUAUCUAUGGAGCCUUGUGCAUGAUUUAGGAGUUCAACUGAAGACAGUAGCACAUUGUACCGGAGUGCAGUGCAUUAGACUGGGCAAGUUCGGCCUUGACCUGUCCCUGUUGAGGAAACACUGGCAGAUGGAACACAUUCUACACAACAUGGACCAGUGUCAACAGAUAAUAGAACAAAAUGAGAACUUGAUAAAACCUAAAUCAGCACAUUUAACUGUUUAAUUAGAAUUUUGUUUUAUAGGAAAAUUAUACUACAUUUACAACAUA